CCACGCGCAGUCGUGGAUGACCACGUUCGCAGUUGGAGCUUGCUGUCAUCGAAUUGUACUACAAAAUACAUUCGAUGUCAUGGUAUCGCGCCUGAGCUUGACGGCAUUAAGUUUUGGCCAACAAUAUGGCCCUGCCACUGGACCUCUCGCUCAUGAGUGAGACGGAGCUCGAUUCCAGGGCAUCGAACGGCCUCCCGGCGGGCUGCCCCACGCUCGACCUUGCCGCGACAUGGGACAGUAGUGGAAAGAGCCUGCUCAUUUAUAGACCACCAGGUCAGGUUGUGUCCAGGAUACAUCAGGUCGGAGAGCCGGGCAAGAAGGCUCCUGAAGCUGUGGCGGUGACAUGGAAACCUGAUGGGCGGUUUCUGGCUGUGGGCUGGACGGAUGGCGUUGUGCGGUUGAUGGGACUGGAGAACAACAAGGUCGCCCAUUACAUCCCCGUGUGCGCCGACACGGGUCCGAUCAUCACCCACAUCGGCUGGACAAACAGCGUCAGCUCAAACAGUGAUGCCUCACGGUUGGGAGCAAGCCAGCUCACUGACGAUCUCGUCAACGACUGGAACAACGACGGAGCCACGCUUUCUGUCGACCUGCCUAAAGAGCUCACAUUCUUAGAGGUCGAUACGGCACUGCCCAAGAUCAGCCCUCUGCCCGCUGGCAGUGCAGGUGCAGACGACGAUGCUACGGUAUUUACCUUGCGAACGGGCGUUGAAUUCUUAUUUCAGGCGCCUAAAAAGGAGGAGUAUGACCGGGUCAAUGUCGUGAUCGUCGGCACCAGCGAAGGCAGGAUCCAGCUGAGCAUCCAUGACUCCUUUGUCAUUGGAUCAUUCCAAUGUCCGUCGCCAAAACCAGGCCACCCGGGCAUCAUGAUAACCAACGCGUCGCACCCCGAAGUAUCGACUCAGGCACUGAUCCUCGCUUCGACACCUUCCAAUCCUGACGAGGCGCACCUGGUGCCCAUGGAUCUGCCGUUCAUAUCUUCCUCGCCCAUCAACCUAUAUCUGUUGACAGCGAAAUUGACGAUGCUGCAGACCCUUUUGAGAUAUCUCCGACAGACGCAGCUGCACAUGCUGGUUGAAUGGAAGAAUACCAAAGAGCUGCCAAGCCGAUUUCUGCGAAGCGUACAGGGCGAUUUAGAGGAAAUGCAAAGCGGGCCCAAGAGCAUUGUGCCGGCACUAUACCACACGGUCGUAACUGGCCAUGUCUACAAGCCUGUGCGAGAAUGGUUGGUGGACAGCCUUGCGGAACGAGGACAUAAGCGCUGGGACAAGGCCGUCAUGUCUGGCUUGGAAAAUCUGCGGAGCAUUGUCCACGAAAACUUCCUCCCGGCCUUGGAGCGCUCUGCCAUUAUACUCAGCAGAUUGCGCGGCCUCGCCCUCUUUCACAAGCACCGCGACGACAUUGGGCUUUCGGCCACUCAGAUCAGCAGGAUCAUCGAUAUUGUCGGGUGCCUGACUCUCGUGGGCCACAAGAUCCUGACCCACGUCAUGGACGAGCUCGAGCACUUUGUUGCGUUUUCCGCCUGGCUUCGCUUUCAGAUUGACCGCCUGGCCACCUCAAGCAGCGACGAACUCACCGAGAAGGAGGCCACCAUGGAUACCUGCAAAGUGCUUACGUAUAUCGAGACGUACCUCACUGGCAGCCCACUGGACAUCUUCUUUGACGGCAUCACCAAGGAGGACUACACGGCCGACUGGGAACACUGCGAAGACGGGCUGAGCCUCCUAGAUAUGCUCGACAAGCAGGUGAAAAGGCACGAGGACGGCCUGCCUAGCAUGCGCGCACUUCCGCACGUGAGCUUCCUGGUCAACUACAUGACAACUUGGUCAGAUCGUAUAUUCCACGACGUCGCAGAAGCCCGAUGGCGUAAUGUUCGUUUCGGGAAACUCGUCCCCAUCUCCAUCGGACGCUCCAUAGGCAAACUGGACUGCCGGAUGCGCCGCACAGACAAGGGAGGAGUGACUUAUGUGGCCUUGGCGGCGAAGGAGCCAGACGGAAAAGUUUACCUCUUCCGCGUCGAGUUGGAGAUCAUCAACGGCAUUAGCACCAAUGGUCCUACCACAGCUUGCGCCAUCGACCUGGCAGAUCGGAAAUUGAUCGAUGUGAAAUUCCUCAACGACGAGACGCUCAUCAUUGGGUGUAGCGAACAAGAUAACGCACCAAUUGUCAUUUCUGCGCACGUUCAGUCGGACUCUCUGCCCUACAGCGACUUCAACAGUGGCGGCGUUGGUGACGUUCCCGCUGUUUCGUGUGGUGACUUCCCGCUAUACCGCCUACCCAAGGAACACCCCAUGAAGCCAGUGCGAAUGGAGGUGCACGACAAGAGUGAUCUGAGGGGCGAGGUUCCCGCGCGGGUUUGUUUCUUGGGAAGCAACCGCACGACAUGGCGCACCUUUUCAAUGCCGCCGCCGUAACUACAUGCAACUAACUCGUGAUGCUCGUAAUAUUCAAUACAACGCUUCGACG